CUAUCACCUAAGUGUGGGCUAAUGUAACAAAGAGGGAUUUCACCUACAUCCAUUCAGUCAGUCUUUGGGGGUUUAAAGAAAUUCCAAAGAGUCAUCAGAAGAGGAAAAAUGAAGGUAAUGUUUUUUCAGACAGGUAAAGUCUUUGAAAAUAUGUGUAAUAUGUAAAACAUUUUGACACCCCCAUAAUAUUUUUCCAGAAUUAACAGUAUAAAUUGCAUCUCUUGUUCAAGAGUUCCCUAUCACUCUCUUUAAUCACUACUCACAGUAACCUCAACUCCUGCCACAAUGUACAGGAUGCAACUCCUGUCUUGCAUUGCACUAAGUCUUGCACUUGUCACAAACAGUGCACCUACUUCAAGUUCUACAAAGAAAACACAGCUACAACUGGAGCAUUUACUGCUGGAUUUACAGAUGAUUUUGAAUGGAAUUAAUAAUUACAAGAAUCCCAAACUCACCAGGAUGCUCACAUUUAAGUUUUACAUGCCCAAGAAGGCCACAGAACUGAAACAUCUUCAGUGUCUAGAAGAAGAACUCAAACCUCUGGAGGAAGUGCUAAAUUUAGCUCAAAGCAAAAACUUUCACUUAAGACCCAGGGACUUAAUCAGCAAUAUCAACGUAAUAGUUCUGGAACUAAAGGGAUCUGAAACAACAUUCAUGUGUGAAUAUGCUGAUGAGACAGCAACCAUUGUAGAAUUUCUGAACAGAUGGAUUACCUUUUGUCAAAGCAUCAUCUCAACACUGACUUGAUAAUUAAGUGCUUCCCACUUAAAACAUAUCAGGCCUUCUAUUUAUUUAAAUAUUUAAAUUUUAUAUUUAUUGUUGAAUGUAUGGUUUGCUACCUAUUGUAACUAUUAUUCUUAAUCUUAAAACUAUAAAUAUGGAUCUUUUAUGAUUCUUUUUGUAAGCCCUAGGGGCUCUAAAAUGGUUUCACUUAUUUAUCCCAAAAUAUUUAUUAUUAUGUUGAAUGUUAAAUAUAGUAUCUAUGUAGAUUGGUUAGUAAAACUAUUUAAUAAAUUUGAUAAAUAUAAACAAGCCUGGAUAUUUGUUAUUUUGGAAACAGCACAGAGUAAGCAUUUAAAUAUUUCUUAGUUACUUGUGUGAACUGUAGGAUGGUUAAAAUGCUUACAAAAGUCACUCUUUCUCUGAAGAAAUAUGUAGAACAGAGAUGUAGACUUCUCAAAAGCCCUUGCUUUGUCCUUUCAAGGGCUGAUCAGACCCUUAGUUCUGGCAUCUCUUAGCAGAUUAUAUUUUCCUUCUUCUUAAAAUGCCAAACACAAACACUCUUGAAACUCUUCACAGAUUUGGUGUGGCUAUGAAUUCUCCAAUAUCUUACACCUUGCCCAGUGCCAUGAGGAGGCUCACCUGUAUGGCCUAUAUCAAAGGUCUUCCCUGCCCUUUGGCUUUCCAUUGGGUCCUGCCACUGGGGAGUGCUGGUAGGAACUAUGAGGAACAUAAGAGAUUCCCUUGACUCCCUCCUUGUGGAGUAGACCCAGGAUGGCUGUGUCUCUCAAGCAAGGAACCCAGAUUACCUCAAGGUGGCACUCUGGAUACUUUUUCCUUCUGAGUGAUUCUGGUAAUCUUCCCUUCCACUUGUCCCUUUAAGCCUAGGGAGGGUGGUACUUUUGCUGUUAGCAACUCCAGGGUACUUGUACCAUCCCUUGCAGUUUCCCUGUACUCUGACCAUAGCUUUUUAAAUAGUCCUUUUGUUAAAUCCUCCUUUUGAUUGAGUAUGCCAUCUAUUUCCUGCUGGGACUCAGAUACAGUAAUUGUAUCAGAAAUAGCCCCAGAAAACAGACCCUCAAAAUAGGAUUCUGGGACUGGGUUGUUCAUAUAUUCAAGGAAUGCAAGGAUAAUAGGACAUGGGAAAUCUAUGGGAUGUAGUAGCAUCCCAAUUACUGAACUUAUCAUCAAUGGUAGAAUGGGAUGAAAUGCAGACAGACGGCAAGAUGUUGUGAGGUCAAAUGGCUGUGGCACUUAGUUGCUACAGAAACAACAGUUAUAAAAAUUAUGAUUAUUACCUAGAUUCUUUUGAUGAUGAUGACCCCAGACAGAGAACAAAGGAAAAAAAAAAGUUAUCAACAUACAAUUAAAAACAUACAUGGGGAACCAGAAUGCCUCUUCAGCAGCUUUGAAGAAGUCGUUACUGUCUUCAAAAUUGCCAAGGAGUAGAAGUAAAAGGGACCCUUCUCAUUAAAUAUCUCACUUGGAAGAUUUUUUUUUCACAUCUCAUCCACUAAAUCUUAUCUUGGUCAGUUUUAAGGUCUUAGUGCUCAAUGAGGCAUUCUUCUACCAGGUGCCUUGACUUCUACCAGAGAACUGAUGAAAUGGCUGAGAUUACCUUUUGGCCAUUUAGGGGUUCUUCAUAUAGCUGAACCAACAAGCACGUAAAGGACCACCGUACUGAGCAGGGUGACUGAUUUUGAUGAAAAGGGGGAAACUCAGUGCCUUCUAUAGAACCAGGCAACGACUACACAAUAGGUAAUACUAUAUUUGGAACCCAGGAAAUUCAGUGGGGCAUCUCUUAGCUUUUUAUCCUUAGUAGUAUUGGUCAAUGGAAAACUGUAACAAUCCUUAAAAUUCAAGAACAUCAAAGACUCAGAUUUCACAGAAGUGAGAUAUGGAGUAUACCACCAGGUAAAUAAUGCCACCCAACCAAAGUAAUGGCAGAGGGUAAAAGGGAACAUGCAAAGGGUAGUGGAAGAAUGCAGCUGUACUAACCAACUUUCAUGACUAGCUACUGAGGCAGAGAAGAGACUUGAGCAGUUUUGUUUUUCUCCAUUUUUAUACUUUACUAUGUCAAGUUGGACUUGACAUCGUCUCUUAUUCUUUAUGUGAAGAACACUGGUGAUACCUAACAUUUUAGAUUUCAGGAAAAGUAUUGCUGAAUUGACAUUACCCUAUAAUGAUACAAUAACUGAUGGGAUUUCAUGUGUCUCCUUUGCUAGGAACACAAACCUUCUUCCCAAAGGAAGGAAGAGAGCACAUGCUGAGGAAUGAAGGUGUGAACCGUGUAUCUUCUACUUUUCCCUCAAAAACAACACUAUAUCCUUUUCCAUCCUGAUCUUCAGCCUGCUAAGUCAAAUUGUGUGGAAUACAUUAAUGUAUUUUCUUGCCUUCUGGUUUCUAGCUGAGUUUGACCACAUGGGAUUCCUGGUAAGAGGUGAAUGUGAGAUCACCAUGGGAUAGCUGUAUCACUUGACCAAAGAUGAAAUUCCCCUCAAAGUUGCCUUUUAUUACCUAUCUUUCAAGGUUCUAGUACCUACUCCUCUAUACUUCUCUUCAGGCCUAGGUGCAGUAGCUGUUUCCCUGUGUGAUGAAAGCAACCAAU